AUGGCUCCAGUCCAGACAAAUCAUGACUACUAUGCGAUUCUCGAGAUCGAACAGACGGCGGAUGCCAACUCCAUCAGGGCCAGCUAUAGACGCCUAGCAAAGAUCAAACACCCAGACAAGAACCUGACGAACCCGAACGCAACACUUGAAUUCCAGCUGAUCCAGGAAGCAUACUCAACUCUAUCCGAUGCUGAAGCCCGGCGGUCGUAUGAUCUAAGAUACCCAUCAAUUAAGAGGCCUGCUGGCCACACUGAAACCUUUCCCAAGACGGCUUCAAAGGCUGUUCCAACUACAGCGCCAAAUACGGCUUCGAAAAGGCGUUCUGCAGGUCAUGAAACAGCUAACGAAAAGCGAACUGGAGAGCGCCAUAAGUCGAUACUGCAGCAAUUAAGAGCUAAGCGCACGUUGCAGAAUGAUGAUUUACUCAACGCAACGAGAGUACUCUGCGGGCUGCAGGACGAAGUCGCCCGGCUGACGGAGGAAAUUGACAGAGCUGCUAAAGAAAUAGCUGCCAUGGAGAAGACCAGGGCAUAUCGCACUUUACUCCCCACAGCACAAAUGCUGGAGGCUGAAAAGAAAAAGGAGCGAGCACAGCGCGAACGGUUCAACAAGAUAGUGGUGUUCAAGCUAAAACAUUGUACAAUGGAACGGCAGGAGGAAAAAGUCCGAACGUGUGAGGCUUCACUUCAGUUUACGGAGAACGAGAUCAUCAAGGUUAAAAACGACAUUAGGAGAGAGAGGGCUCGAAGAGAGCAAGCAGAAGAGGAAAAGUCGAAGAAGAAACGGGAACAAGAGGCUUUUCGACGAGAGUAUGACCUGGAUGCAGAAAUCCGAGAGAGAGAGGCGGCGGAGGCGAAGGAAGCACAGGAGUUUUGGAGGAGAAGAGAGGAAGCAGAGGAAGAAGAGAGCCGAAGACUUGAAGAAGAAAUGAAAGAGGCGAGACGGAGACAGAUAUAUGAGGAACGGAUUAACCCGAGGAAGUGUGAGAGUCCUAGGCAGAACGGAUGCCUGUAUGGAGGCGAGUGGGACAGGAUUGAACGGCCCAUGAGAUUAGGCCCUGAGGCACACUUGGGAGACUGCUCUCCGUCGCGUGUUCGUUACUGUUGUUGA